AUGGGAGAGGACACAUCUGAACCCCCAACAGUUGAGAAACUGAUCGAAGUCCAGAUUGGAGAUGAGGAGCACAAAACAACGUCCGUAGGGGCAGACCUGCCUGCACAUGAACGUGAUGGUUUGAUUACAUUGCUAAGGGAAAACGCCGAUGUUUUUGCGUGGAGUUUUGCUGAGAUGCCUGGGAUAGAUUCGAAUGCAGCCUGCCAUAGACUGAAUAUCGAUGAGAAGUUCCAUCCGUAUCCUCGCUGGCUGUCAAAUGUCGUACCCGUUCCAAAGAAGAAUGGUAAAAUUCGUGUCUGUAUCGAUUUUACUGAUUUGAAUAAAGCAUGUCUGAGUGAUCCAUACCCGCUGCCAUGGAUAAGAUAUUUGGUGGAUGCAACCUCAGGGUAUGGGAGACUAUCAUUUAUGGACGGUUUUUCAGGGUAUAACCAAAUGCAUUUGUUCGAGGAAGAUCAAGAGAAUACUGCGUUUGUGACUGACAGAGGAGUUUAUUGCUAUACUGUAAUGUCGUUGGGGAUAAAGAACGCAGGGGAGACCUACCAGCAUUUGGUAGACCAUAUGUUCAAGGAUCUGAUCGGGAAGUCGAUGAAAGUAUAUAUCGACGAUAUGGUGGUGAAAUCUGAGAAAAAGGAGUCACAUUUUCUUGAUCUGCAGAAGACGUUUGAUAUAAUAAGGCAAUAUCAAAUGAAGCUCAAUCCAGCAAAAUGUUCGUUCGGGCUAUCCUCAGGUAAGUUCCUUAGAUACUUGAUGACACACAGAGGAAUCGAGGCGAAUCCUGAGCAAAUUAGAGCCAUCAGAGAGAUUCCAUCCCCAAGAACGAAGAAGGAAGUCCAGAAGCUAGCAGGACGAUUAGCAUCUUUGAAUCGUUUCAUUUCACGCUCGUCGGAUCGAUUCAAACCAUUCUUUGAUGUUUUGAAUAAACCGGUGAAUUUUGGCUUUACGAAUGAGUACGAGAAAGCUUUCAAUGAGAUCAAACAGUAUUUGUCAACCCCCCCAGUUUUGCACUCAUCAACUGCCGAAAAGGGACACGCCCUGGCUGCACUACUAGCAGAUUUUCCUAUGGACGAUAUAGAAACGGUUGCUGGCGAAGAAGAGGAGCUGUUUAAACCCACAAAGUCAGUCACUGAUCAGACUUGGGGAGAGUCAGCAAUGGAGGUUGAUACACCUGAACCUUUAUGCACAGUAUUUACUGAUGGGUCAUCAAAUGUUGGUGGAUCUGGAGUUGGAUGUGUCAUAUUUACCCCCCAAGGUUCGAGGAUCGAGAAAGCAACCAGGUUGGGAUUUCAAGCAUCAAACAACGAAGCUGAAUAUGAAGCUGCAAUUAUCGGUUUAAAGGCUGUCAAACAGUUAAAUGCGAAGAACGUGAAACUGCGACCGCAGUUGGAAAAUAGGCACGCAGAUGCUUUGGCAUACCUUUCUUCCGCAGUCGAAACUGAUACCACCCGUUUCGUUGUAGUAAAUUUUCAAGAACUACAUAGCAUCUCCUACAACCACUUUGUUCUGGAUCUCGAACAUGCUAGUGGGGGCGAGAGGACAAUUACAUCAUCACAAGGAGAUACCGAGAACAUCGACAGCAAUAUGGAUGUUGACAGUCCAGUGAUAGAUGAUCCAGGCAAUCAUGCUGAAAACGUUGCAGACUGGCGUCAGCCUUACAUCCAGUAUUUGACAACCGGCGAACUCCCAAAAGAUGAGCAUCUCGCUUCAAAAGUGAAAAAGAAUGCUUGGAGAUAUUCGAUGAUCGAGGGACAGCUGUACCGCAAACCUGUGGAUUUGGAGCCAUUUUUGCGAUGCAUAUUGGCAGAAGAAGGGCAACAAAUAUUUGCGGAGGCUCAUGAAGGAAUAUGUGGCAGCCAUUCUGGAGGAUGCAUUCUCGCGCACAGGAUACUUACCAUGGGGUAUUUCUUGCUGUAUAUGCAGAAAGAUGCUAAAGAAUACGCGUAG